AUGCUGAGCCUCCUCAAUUUAGUGAUACCCGGUAGUAGUGAUGUGCUGCUAUCGCCACUGACCACAACGUCAAUCGACGACUACGAUCCGAUCGACUAUCCGUUCAUGCUCCAGCCACCGGCACUUGAGUACUCGUUUGUAUCUCCGUCGCUAGCGAUUGAGUACCCAUGGAUGCCCGAGUCGCAAGACUUUCUUCCACAACAGCUGACAAGCGUGAUAGAUUCGAUAGCCGGUCCAACGGAGCUCAUUGUUUCGCACACGUCCCAGGUUGGGACUGAGCCAAUGUUUGAUCCAACUCACUGCCAGAUCAAGUCGCUGUCGCUGCUUUAUCCAGAUUCUGCACUUCCUGACAUGUCGGAUGAGAUGCCUCAGCUGGAUUACGUCGAUGCCCGUGAACUGAUUGCGCUUUUCACAGACACUGGUGUCCCGCAAGAAGAGCGCCAACAUGAGAAGCAGCAGCACCAAGUGCAGCAGCAGCAAUUGCUGCUCUUGUCCAAGAAGUCCAAAGGCAAAUGCGCCGUCGCCGGCUGCAACACCAAAAUGCAGAGCAAAGGAAAACAUUGCGUCGGUGCAAACGUCACGGUGGUGGUGCACGCUGCAGAGUUGAAGGCUGCAAGACAAGCAGCCAGGGUGGAGGCUUGUGUCGAGCUCACGGAGGUGGGAGACUGUGCACCGCCCCCGGGUGCAAGAAGGGUGCCCAGCGACAAGGCAAAUGCUCCACACAUUCUUCGCAACAGUGCAGAGUGGACAAUUGCUCGAGUGUCGCCCGAUGCAGAGGCUUAUGCAACCGACAUAAGAAAACGUUGCAGUUCUAGUGACGCGAGCAGCUCGAUCAUUUGUGUACACCAGCAGCCAAAACAAGGUGCUUCGACCCAGUGGAAGUCAUGA